GCCCCGGAAGCGCUCGGCCUUCCCUAGCAACGCCCGGCGCCAUGCCGCUGUGGCUGCGGGAGUACAGCUGGCGGCAGAGCGGCUCCGCCGUGUACCUCUCGCUGCCCGUGCGCGGCCUGCGAGUCACCGCCGCCAACAUCUUCUGCACCGAGCGGUACCUGAAGGUAAGCAUCCCUCCCUUUUUAUUCGAAGCCAUUUUAUAUGCUCCUAUUGAUGAGACAAAUAGCACAGCAAAGAUUGGCAAUGGAAUCGUUUUCUUCACUUUGUAUAAAAAAGAAGUGGCCAUGUGGGAGUCCCUCACUGUAGCAAAUGUUAACAAGGAGGAACUGCAACAUCUAAGAGAGAAUGCUGUUCUAAAAGCACAUGAAAAGGCAAAAGAGGAGACAGAAGCAAAAAAAGUUACAAAACAGGAACAUAAAAAGUAUGCUUUGGAGGCUACAAUGAAGCUAGAAGAAGCAGAAAGAAAAAGAAUUGAAGAUCUGAAAGAACAGGAGCGGCAGAAAGUCACUAAGGAGUUGGAGUUAUGGAGAAGUCAGCAAAAAGAUGUUGAGAAACAAAAGAGGGUACAAAAAGAAGGGGUACUACAUGAAGAAGUAGAGCAACUAAAGGAGAAGAAAAAGGAAAAAAUAAACAAAACUAGAAUUCCUAAUGAAGAAAUUUCUAAGACCAGACUCAACCCUACAAAAGGUCAUGGUUCCUAUAGUAUGUUUUCAGAGAAUUUAAAGGAAGAGCAGUUACCAGCUCCUCGAUCUGGUGGUACUAUUAAAAUCAACUUCACAUCACGAGUUUUUCCUACAGCUCUACGAGAAUCUCGCGUAGCAGAAGAGGAAGAGUGGCUACAAAAACAAGCAGAAGCUCGAAGGACAAUAAGUGCUGAUUUAUCUGAGCUGGAAGAUUUGAAAGAAGAGGAGAAGAAUCCAGACUGGUUAAAGGACAAGGGAAACAAAAUGUUUGCAACAGGAAACUAUCUUGCAGCUGUAAACGCGUAUAACCUUGCAGUCCGGCUAAACAAUAAGCUUCCGCUGCUGUAUUUGAAUCGUGCUGCUUGCCAUCUUAAACUGAGAAAUUUACACAAAGCCAUUGAAGAUUCCUCUAAGGCUCUAGAAUUGCUAACACCACCUGUUCCUGAUAAUGAGAAUGCUCGAGUAAAAGCAUAUGUGAGACGUGGCACAGCCUUUUGCCAGCUGGAAUUAUACGCUGAAGGAAGAACAUUAAAGGAAGCCUGUACAUGUCUCUUUUAGUUAUGAACCUUUGUGACACGUAAUUUUUAAUUUUUUAAAUUACUGGCUAAUUGCAAUUCCACUUGAUUUUUUUGAAUCUUAAGUUGUCGGAAAAUUGAUUAUACUUCUAAUUUAAGGAGUGCACAUUAGUUUCUUUAUUGAAGAAAAGGCUUUAGUGAGUUGUGUAUCAUCCUCCCUUUGGUCUGUUGUGUAGUCAGUCUUUCUGUGCAUUGUGGCCAACCCUUGACUGUAGCAAGCUGCUGGCCAAGGAGGGUAUUAGUGUGGAGUGAAAUGAGAGGUCAGAGGUGAGGUUUUUGAUUUGGGAAGCAUUCAAAUGUGAGAGGCAAACUGAUACGAAACUAGGUUGCAGUAGUUCAGCUGUUCAUGAAAUAACAUUAUAUUGAUAUUGAGAUUAUAUCAUUAGCAACUAUAGAACACUUUAACUUAAAAUAACCUAAAAUAUUUGCUUGUGAACUUUGUAGUAACGUGUCUUCAUAAAACUGUAUAUGAAAUCCAUAUUGACCAAGAAGAUGUUUAUCAUGUGUAAUCUUUAUACAGAUAUCUGAAUGCUGUGUCCCUGGGCUUUGUAAUGCAAAGUUAAAAGGGAAAGAUGAUAAUAGGAAGUGAAGAAUGUUCAAAAUGUAAAUGUAGAGCUUUGCCCACCUAUGAAUCUCUUUGUCACUUCCUUACAAUUUCACUUGCACUUGAAAACCUUAUUAAAAAAAAAAAGCCUACUUAUUUCCUUCCUUCCUUUUCUCAUAUUAUUAAGCUAUCUCAUUCACAGCUCGUGUCUUUUUUUCUUGUUUUCAUGUACUUUCAUUCCAUCAGUCAAUUUUUUCUAUCUUCUGCAGAGCACUCUUGAACACUCCCCUCAUCCAUAACUCCUUUACCCAGUAUGCCUAUGUUAUAAUUUAGUCUGAUAGAAGCCAUUUGAUUAGGUUGUUAUGCUUGUCUGUGUAUUUAUUAACUGAAUGGCACACUUAGAGCAAUUGUAAGAUAGUGUGCAGGUAGAAACCCUGUUCUGUGAAAAGUCGUUAGGCCAAAGUUAGUUGACCUCUGUGUGUGUGUAUAGGCACGUACAUGUGAAUGAAGUGCAUCUCUUUUUGUGUUUCAAGAUCUGAAAGUGUUUGUAUAGUAGUGAUGUUUCCAUUAAAAUACUUUUUAAAAUAA